GGAGAUGGACGAAGUGUUACGAUUGAGUCAGUUGAUACGUGUUAACAGAGCUAACAAUAGGCGUUGAAAUCGAAAGUCAUUAGAAUCAAAGCAAUCGUCAUUCAUCAGCCUAUGGCAGUUCAGUACUAGUUAAAAGUUUCUUCCAACUUUGUCACCACAAUGGCAGAGGGAUACAAUUUGGCAUAUAACAAUUCAAUUUAUGAAGAUUUGGACAAUGAUGGUAAAGCUGUUAUAGUAGGUGUGGAUGGAAGGCGCGCUUCGGAUGCAUGCACCUUCACCUUGACUGAUGUUCAGAUUGGAAUUCCUUGGUCAGUUUUAUGCAACUUUGAUAUUGAGAAACACCUGAAAUCAAACAAUAUUCAUGUUGUUAAAAUAAAUGAAUCCAAUAGUGACGGUAUGUUUCAGUGUACAUCAAAAAGUCUACCCGAAGUGACAAAUAUAUUUCAGCGUAUUGUGAGUAAAUCAUUUUGCUCAGCACCUGUAAGAUUCAAGUGUUAUUCAGCAUUAAGUCUAUUAAAAAAGAAUAACAAAUUAAAUGAAAACGCUUUUCUUCAUUUAGAGAAGUUAUGUAGACAGCAUAAAACUCAUGUAUACCAAUGCAUGAUUUCUAGAGAAUUCUUUGUAUGUGGAAAAACUAAAACAUGUGUUGACCAAGUACAACCAGUAAUCGAACGAUCAAUAGUUGAAAUAACUUUAGAAAAAGCAGAAAUAAAAAAAAUUCAAGCUGAAAUUAAACAAUGGAUUUCAAAAGGAAAACUUCUUAAAAUUUCCGAAAAAGAGAAUGCAGUUGUGUUUGUUGCAACAAAAGAUGUGCAGGAAGAUUUAAAUGAGACAGUUAUUGAUGACCAUUUUUUUAAGCUUCCAUCCCUUGAAAGUGAAACACUUUCAAAAAAUGAACAAAGCUACACUAGGCUUAUGGAGCUGUCAAAGUUUUUCAAUGUUACUGUUGUGCAUCAUGACAAACACACUGAGCUUCUGCAUUUGAAAGGUACAAAACAUUGUGUGAAGAAAUUUUUAACUGAAGUACUAAGUAUGUUUUAUGUGAAGAAAGAGAAAAUCAUUAUACCAUCUCUGAAGAUGUAUGAUGUAGAACAAUCACUAAUGAAAAUAGCUGAUGAAUCAAACGUCUGUGUUGAACUUAUUUUACCAAGUCAGAAUGAAAUCGGAGGUUCUUUGAUAGCUACUUGGUUUAAUUCUGAUGGAAGACAGUUACACCUUGUCCAGGGAAACCUGUUUGCAUUAAAAGUGGACACCAUUUUGAUUCUUUGCACUGAUACAUGUUUUCCCUUGGUUGACAUGCCAGUACAACCCAAAGAGUAUCGCAAUCCUCUAAUUGACAAAUGGACACUGGGCGAAGCUUUUAUUUCAGAGAACACUCCACCACGAUGCCUCGUUCCUGUUUAUGAUAAUAAGAAAUGUGAUGAAAACAUUCUAAAAGCAGGUUAUCAAAAUGCCUUUUCUAAAAUGUGUGGCAAAAGAUUCAAAACUAUUGCUUUUCAUGCAACUGUUAUAAAUACUGUGGAACCUUUCAUUCCACAUUUUCUCAGUGAAUUUAUUUUUGCAUCUAUGAAAUAUCCUGUGGAGACCUUUAUAUGCUGCUCUCUGGAUGAAGACGUGUCUGGUGUUGUCAAGACAAUAAAUGACUGUUGUCUUUGCGCUCAAGAGGACAGGUUCAAGAUGACAAUAAAUACUUACCUAGAAGGUUUCCAACAGAUUGAUGUGGUUGUAGAAGCUGGUGCUUUAGCAUUUGCCAAGGCUGAUGUCCUGGUAAACACAACAGAUGCACAUCUUACUCUUUCUUCAGGGACUAUUUCAAAACAAAUACUUAAACAUGCAGGUACAGGGAUUCUGGAUGAAUGUAAAAGAAAUUAUCCAUCAAAAAUGAAAGAAGGAUCAUUUGCAGUCACAAGUUCUGGGAACCUGGAAAAAAUAAGUAAAGCUCACAACAUUUUGCAUUGUGUGCUUCCACUAUUUGAAAAAGACAAGUUUGAUCAGGUUAUCCAAAAUAUGGUUAAACAAGUCCUUGUGGAGGCUGACCGUAUGAAGUGUGCAUCAAUUGCUAUUCCACUUAUUGGCACAGGAAAGUUGGAAUAUCCUGUUAGAGGGACGCUGUAUUCUAUGUUGGAAGCAGUGUACGACUACACAGCAUCAGCAAUAUGUUCGUCUCUCAAAAGAAUUGUUCUUAUUUUACAUGAAGAUGUUGAUAAAAAUAUUCAGCAAUUUAAUGAGAUAAGAAGUGAUAUUGAACAGGAACGACAUGGACGAUUUUGGCCUAAUUUAAGUCAAUCACAUUUUCCUGGUGUUUACAAAGAGAUUCACUCAAGUAUGUUUGCAAAACUGUCCACAAAAGUUGUCUUAAUGGUGACAUCUACAGCUGUUAUGAAACACCUGCCUCUGUCAACUGUUGUAUUCCAUGUUUCUUCAGGAAUUGGGAAGGAAGUAUGUCUUGAUAGAGGUUCAGGCUUAAACUUCACUUCAAAAUACUCCAAAACUGAAGAUGCUAUAGAUGAGUGUGUAAAAGCAACUGUUACAGAUGUUGCAUUUAUGUUUGCAAAUGGAAAACAGAAAGCAUCAGGCAUCUUGAAACAAGAGUGUUUAGCAGUUGCAGAUCAUGUGUCAAGAGUUAUUGGAAAGGCAGAAUAUUUACGAAGAGUAACCAUUCUGGUACCUGAUGUCCUCUUCAUUGAAACAUGCAAACAGCUUCUUGCUACAAAUUCCUAUUUUCCUGGAAUGGCUAGAUGGACACAAACAGAAUCGAAUAAUGUUGAUGUAGCUUAUAGGGUGUGUGCUAUGGAAAAGGUACACACAGAUACAGUUCAACAUUAUGCUAGUUUGGUCAAUCCAGACCUAGGAAUUGGACCGGAUUGUAGUUUAGAUGAUUACGACGUUGUUAAUCACGAUGAGACAUGUGAAUAUCACCAUGAGGAAGUAACAGCAGUUAUAAACGAGGCGAUUAUCAAGUAUUUAAAAGACCACGGUGACCUUGAGAAAUGGAUUUUAGCCGUUCAAAAGACAUACAAACUGCACGUUUCGUCGGAUAAAACAAUAUUCAUUGUUGGUGGUGGACUCCAAGACAUGGAAUCCUUUGAAACGUAUUUAAUGUCUGACUUUCCUAACUUUCCACAGGAUGCAUUGCCCAAAAUGAAAUACGACAAUCCUUACCAGAAAGAAAACAAGGCUGCAGUGGACAAAAACAACAAAGACAAUCUCAAGGAAUCGGUGGAGUUUUGCUUUGGAGAUAUAUCAGUUUCAGUUUGUCAGGGGGACAUAACGGAUAGUACUAACGAUUGCAUUAUCUCACCAACACAUCGAUACAUACUUAAAACGUUUGGUGUAGCGUAUAGCCUUCUAGAAAAGGGAGGAGUUUUGUAUGAGGACUCGUGCAGAGAAAUGGAUAAACAGGGAAAAAUUGACGUUACACAGUGUCGUGUAACAGCUAGUGGAAACCUUAAAUGUAAGAAUGUUAUUCACGUCGGCAUUCCCAAUUUCGAUCAAGUUUGUGUUAAACGCCUUAAUCAGUUGGAAGAGGCUGUUUUCAAUUGCUUAGUAACUGCAGAAUCACAUGGACUCAACAGUGUAGCCAUCCCAGCAAUUGGAACAGGAGUCGGAAACCUGACUGCUGAACAUUGCGCCCAAGAAAUCUUCAGAGCAGUAAACCGGUUUGGGAAAAACAAUCGUUUAAUUAAUUAUAUAUCAAUUGUUCUCUUGCAUGAAAACAUGGUACAACCUUUUCUUAAAGUGUUUAAAGGUGAGAAGAGUGUUCCCAUGAUAUUUUAACUUCUUGUUUGAAUGCAAGGUCUCAUUUAAUUAAACACUUUUGAGCGUACAUUUUAUUUGACCAGAGUGUUGCUUGUAGGACCAACACCAAAAUUGUUUCCAGAUAACUUUGUUAAGCCAAGAUAGAUUUUAAAAUAACUUGGUGGACAUUAUGAGCAUGACAGUUAAGUGUAACAACCAGGCCUCUUGGUGCAUAGUUUAGAAAACAUGAAAUAAGGUCAAUGGCAUUAUAUAAAAGGUUUUAUAAUCACUGUUGGCAAGAACAAAACAUUGCCAGAUGCAUAUCUUUUGACAAAGAUUAAUUAAUAGUCAAACGCCUUGUAGUUUUAUGCAUGAUUUAUCAAAGUUUCAUGUGCACAACUCUAGUUUAAGGUAAUAUAAAUGUAACAAUCCAAGAUCAAAUUAACGGAUGUGACCAGCAUUUAAUAUAUUGACAAUAAUCAUAAUCAGAGUCAGAAUCAUUUGCAAUGCCCGGUUGAUGUUAUAUUGCAAGGUCCAGACAUAGUCUUUAUCAUGAAAAUGUCUCGCAUGUACUGGCCAAAGUUUGAAGCAAUUUGAUCUGGAGUGUCUUUUAGCAACAACUUAUUCCCUUGGACAAAGAUAAACAUAUCGAUUCAUGACCAGAUGUCAAAUAUAAGACAUCUCUAUAUACUUGAUCACAUUUUUCAUGAAAAAAGAAGUAUUCAUUAUGUUUUCUAUAUUUCGUCUUUUGAAAUAUUCGCUUUUUUUAAUCAUACAUGUUUAGCUCACCUGAGCACAAUGUGCUUUUGUGAUCGCCUUUUGUCCGUUGUGCUGCGUCAACAUUUGCCUUGUUUACACCAUAGAGGCUACAUUAAUUGUCCAAUCUUCAUACAAGUUGGUCAGAAGAUUGGUCUCAAUGAUAUCUUGGAUGAGUUAGUAAAUAGUUACGUAUCCUUGAAAAACACGACUGCCAAGGGCCGUAGCAUUUUCCUUAUAUGGCUAAAUAUGGCUAUAGUAAAACCUUGUAAACACUCUAGAGGCCACAUUUAUUGUCUAAUCUCCAUUAAACUUCGUCAGAAGGUUCAACCCAAUAAUAUCCUGGAUGAGUUCGAAAAUGAUGCCAGAUGGUUGAAAAACAUGGCCAUUUGUUGUUCAUUCUACAUGAAACUUGGUUAGAACAAUUGUUUUAUUGACAGCGGGGCAUUUGUCCUAAUAUGGCUAUAGUAAAAUCUUGUUAACACUGUAGAGGCCACAUUUAUUGUCCGAUCAUCAUGAAACUUAGUCAAAAGAUUUGUCCUAAUGAUAUCUUGAACAAGUUUGAAAAUUGUUCGGGUUGGUAAAAAACAUCGCACCGCUCUAGAUGCCACAUUUAUUGUCAGACCAUCAUGAAACUUUGUCAGAAUAUUUGUCCCAUUGAAAUCUUAGAUGAGUUGAAAAAUAGUUACGGUUGGUUGAAAAAAUUGUUCUAAUGAUAUUUUGGACGAGUUGAACAAUUGGUCCAGUUGGUUGAAAAACAUGGCCGCCAGGGGGCGGGGCAUUUUUUCUUCUAUGGCUAUUGUAAAAACUUGUUAACACUCUUUAAGUCACAUUUUUUUCCAAUCUACAUGAAACUUAGUCAGAAUAUUUGUUUUAAUGAUAUUUUGGAUGUGUACGAACAUGUAUCCAGUCUGUUGAAAAACAUUGCCGCCAGGGUGUUGACAUUUCAUGAAAGUUGGUAAGAACAUUUGUUCUAAUGACAUCUUGGACUGCACAGAACAGGUCAGUUCCUUUGAAUCUCAGGUGAGCGACUUUGAGCCUUGCAUGCCCUCUUGUAUUGAGCUUGUGGCAUGGUAUUACUAUGCUGUGUGAAUAAAGGGUUAUUUUACAAAUAUUCGAAAUAUUAACAAACCCUAACUAUGCUUUAAAAAAUAUUAUAACAGUUGUAACCUCUUUUUGUUGACUGUUUAUGUUAUUGUUACGGUAAGCAUAUUUUCUUUUAUCACAAAUGGGCACAACUUAUUAAUGAUUGUCUUUUCUGCUCGCCAUUUGUCCGUUGUUUGGCUUCGGGCGUGCGUCGUCAACUUUUGCCCUGUGAAAGCCCAACUAUGUUGUAAAAUCUUCAUGAAAUGUGAUCAUAGCUUUUAUUAUAUUUAUAUCUCGGCCGGAUUUUGAACAGGAUUAUGUAUAGCUUAGUCCCUUCGUGAAAUUGAAGAACAAAUCCGCUGGGCACGCUCGAAGUAGCAUUUUCACCAACUCGUCAUGGUUCUUAAACAUAUCUCUCCGGUCUUUUGAAAAGCAUGGCCGUUAUGGGGCGCGGUGGUCUUUUGUAUGUAGCCGAUUUAAAAUACUUAUUCUGGUCAGUUGUUAAAACAUUGCCUUCCUGUGGAGGGGUGUUUUUCCUCAUAAUGCUUUUGUGAAACGUUGUGAAAAAAGUCACAUUAUUUGGCCAAUGUUCAUUAAAACAAGUUUAACAAUGCUCCGGUCCGUUGAAAAACACUUUCCUUUCCAGCAUAUUGCAUAAAUUAAAUUUUGUGAACACUUAUAAUUAACGUUUUUGGUUUAAUCAUAAUACAAUUUGUAAAGAUAUUUGUUCAAUUGAUAUGUCGUUCGAAGCUGGGUUUUUUUCGUUGAAAAACAUGGCUGCACUGAUGGCGGGGUAACUUUCCUUAUAUGGAUGUAGUGAAACCUUGUACUAAACACUAAACGAAAUUUUUAUUUAGCAAUUCAUCAUGAAACUUGUUCAGAACAUUUGCCCCUAUGGUUACCUUAUUUAGGGUUAUAUUUGAGGCAAGUCUUGCCAAUGACAGGGUGAGAAUUUUCAGCGGAAAUCAGCGGACUGUUAAGUUUUCGGGACCAUUUGAGAUAUCGAUGUAAAUUCGAGGAGACAAUUUUACCGGGGUAGGACGGUAACACCAAAUACUAUUUUUGUCGUUCACCAUCGUCCAUUAUGUAGUCGUUUUACUUAACUAUCCGAUUCGCGUUGAGUAUUUUUUUAAAAGGAUGAUGCAUCUUUUAUUCCGCUCGUCCAAUCAUGCUUCGCGUCUUUUGUACGUUUAUCCAGGUACAUGUAUGUAUAUUAGAAUUAGAUUAAUAUAUAUUAAUAUGAUAUAAGAUACAUGGUUUAUCACAUCGAUUCACGUGGUGGAUUUCAGUUACAGAAUUCGAAAUGUUUAGCUGAAACAUAAUGGUAUACAAUUAAAAGAAGCAAACACAGACACAGAAUGUGAUAAAUCUAUACACAAAUAAUUUCAAAUUCAAAUGGCAUGUAACAAUAAAAUACUGUAAAAUAAUUAGUUAAGACACGCGAAAGGUUCCUUUAUGUAAUGAUUAUGUCAAAAUGAAUUCAGCUCGAAUUGCGAUGUGCAAACUUUUCCAUAAACGAAUCAAUUAUGGAAAUCGCGUUCUAUAUUCUUUUAAAGAAGGGUUAAUUUGUUGACAUAUUUAAAAAUGUCAUUUAAUUUCCCGCGACGAUAUCCGAGCAUUUACGAGCGAACGCGCGGACCUAAUAGAAAGCACAGGCAAGUGCGCUACAAAUUAAAGAUAAAAGAUCAAAUAUCCAUAAACACAGUUAUUUAUUGCCCCGCACACACUUUCAUGUGUGCACGCUGUGUUUUUUUUCUUGCCGAUUCGCUAAAGGCAGGACGUCCUCGCUUGAGCACCGAUUAUAAAGAAGAAUGAUUAUCAUGAGAACUACCGGUACGUCGUGCUUACGACGAUGCCCGAAGCAAAUCUCGCGUUCGCUCGUAAGUGUUCGGUCAUCGUUGCGGGAAAUUCACAUGACACACACACAAAAUGAUAACGAGCAUUUUGUAUCUCGUUAAAUAUAUGUUUCUAGACCACAUCUACCGUUGAAAUUUGGGAUUUUGGUACAAGGAACACUGAUUUUGUAUGAAUUAACUUAGUUUAGGGAAAUAUUCGUUAAUUUUGCGUGUUAGUGGGGCUUUAAUUAAUAAAAAAAAGUAUUAAAAAAACAACUGCUGUAUGACAUAUUGAAUAUAAACAUAAUUUACAUAUACAUUUGAUGUUUGUCUAUUACUAUGUUUUUUUAUAAAUUAUAUUAUUACUAAUAGACUGUUGUAUCAUCAAUGAUCCAUCUUUGUAUUAUGUAUUAUGUAAUAUUAUGUACUAUAUAUUUUUCCGCCAAACGACGUUACGUUAUUGUAUGACGUUGACGACACUUCCUUUGUAUUUGUUUAUAAUAAUGUUCUACUGAUGAAGGCUAUGGCCGAAACAUGUUUAGUACCUAAGACAUUUUAAUAAACAGUGACGUGUUUGUACGAUUUUUUAAAUUUUAUUAAUGGGGCUUUAAAUAACACUUAUGUUACGUGAAUAUGUAUUAAAACUAAUUAAUAAAUAACACACAAGUGUUGAAAAGAACGUAAAUACAAAUUAACGCAAUCGACGACAAGAACACGUAAGUUAUAUCGAUGCGAUAAUAGAUUAUUCAAGUAUAUUAUUUAGGAUCGUAUUUCUUAUAACAAAAACUCGAUUAAUGUAUAUACAUACAGUAUUUAUUUAUAAACAGAUGGGUAAAUAUACAAUAUAUUGUCUCCAAUAAUUGUAACAGCUGUAUUUACAUAUAAAAAUUUUGUCAUCUUCUAAAUCAAAGUCAUUACAACAUAAACAAUAACGUCGAUUUCAUGUUAUUCUUAAAGGCUCAUAAAAGGUGAUGAUCCGUAAUUAUUACCGAUUUUUUAAAAUAUUUUUGCAUAUUUUAUUUAUAAAGGUUAUCAAAAAACAAUAUA